AUGGCUAAGCUCCAGGAAAAGCACGCUGCUGAGGUUGCCAAGCUCAACCAGGCGCAUGAUGCUGCCGUCGCCUGGCUCAUGGAGGAGCACGAGGUCGAGGUUGCCCGUGUGAAGCACGCUGCAGAGGAGGUGGCGGUGGAUGUGGUGCAGGAUGCAAAGAAGGACAUAGUGCUGGACCUAUUCCCGGACCUGGACGCCUCAUUUCUGUUUAUAUCAUGA